AGGAGAUGACAUGGUUAUCAAGGCACAGGUGCUGGCGGGAGGACGAGGAAAGGGAACGUUCGAUAAUGGCUUCAAGGGUGGCGUGAGAGUGGUCUACUCGCCCCGCGAAGCUAGCAUCCUCGCCGACCAGAUGAUCGGUCACAAACUUAUCACCAAGCAAACUGGAGCCGCAGGCCGGCUGUGCAAUGCUGUGUACAUCGUCGAGCGCAAGUUCGCACGCCGCGAGUUCUACCUGGCUGUGCUCAUGGACCGCGCCUCCCAAGGUCCUGUCAUCGUCGCUUCCUCCCAAGGUGGUAUGGACAUCGAGACAGUCGCCAAAGAACACCCCGAAGCCAUCAUAACCACUCACAUCGAUAUCCACACCGGCGUCACCGACGAGAUCGCGCGUAACAUCGCAACGGAGAUUGGUUUCUCGGAACAGUGCAUUGAGGAUGCAAAGGAUACCAUUCAGAAGCUGUACAAGGUUUUCAUGGAGCGGGAUGCUACGCAGAUUGAGAUUAACCCUCUGUCCGAGACGACCGAUCACCAGGUUCUUGCCAUGGACGCCAAGCUAAACUUCGACGACAAUGCCGAGUUCCGCCAGAAGGAGGUUUUUAGCUGGAGGGAUAUCACUCAGGAGGACCCUGAUGAAGUGAAGGCUGCUUCCGCAGGCCUCAACUUCAUCAAGCUUGACGGCGAUAUCGGAUGCUUGGUCAACGGUGCCGGUCUUGCUAUGGCUACCAUGGACAUCAUCAAGCUGAAUGGAGGAUCCCCAGCCAACUUCUUAGACGUUGGCGGUGGUGCUACACCCGAGGCCAUCAAACUCGCCUUCGAGCUGAUUACCAGCGAUCCCAAGGUCACGGCCAUCUUCGUCAACAUCUUUGGCGGUAUCGUCAGGUGCGACGCCAUUGCCAAGGGCCUCAUCUCGGUCGUGGAGAGCAUGAACCUGCGGACGCCGGUGAUUGCGAGAUUGCAGGGUACCAACAUGGAGCAGGCACAUAAACUGAUCAACGACUCUGGUCUCAAGAUCUUCUCCAUCGACGACCUCCAAUCCGCCGCCGAGAAAUCCGUUCAGUUCUCCAAGGUCGUCAAGAUGGCACGUGACAUUGACGUUGGCGUCGAGUUCACCCUCGGUAUUUAGAGUCCCAUCUGCUAGCUGUUUGUGUACUUUGAUCUUAGACGUUCCUCUCCUGUCGCAAGCUUGCUUUUCAUGCAUGGUCGAGCAGAUGGACUGACUUUUCUGUUCCUCUGGACCGCGGCGGAGACAAGGAACUUGCCCCAUAGGGUCGUUUGUAAUGUGCGUUUGGAGGAGGGGAGGGAUGCAUAUGUAGGGUUAGACGGGCCUUAGUAGCGGGUUGCAGCAGACGAUUUUGCCAGAUGUAUAUGUAUUGAACUUGUAUAUCCGCCAUUACUUUCCGGA